AUGCUCUCAUUCCUUGCCUCUGUUUGGCACUUGCUACUGCUCCCAUCGAUUUGGAGUGGAAUGAGCUUCCUUUUGACGAAUACAUCAUCUAUGUUUUGUUUGGGAUUUUCUUCGAGAAGUCUCAUGGUCACUCGUCAUAGUCACGGCCUUCGGAGCGUGCUUCAAAAACGUGAAUUCCAUAGCUCGGGAGUUUCUUGCUUUUCGCAAUGGGGCGACAUCAUUAACGAAAUAGAAGGCUUGCUUGAUGUUGUGGAAUCUCGGAAUGCUUCCAGUUCAGACCCAAACUGCAACAGCGGAUGGUCGACUUUGAAUCUGAAUGACCUUUCCAUCCGGGAAACCAAGCCAUCUCCGGUGGAAGAAAAACUCAUUGCUGGCCGACGCGUCUACAUCAAACGGGAUGAUUUACUACGUUUGCAUGGUUCUCAAAUAUCCGGUAACAAGGCUCGCAAACUGUUGGCCAUGAACGAGGUUCCCUACAACGAAUUUCCCAGCUGUCUUGUGAGUUAUGGAGGACCCCAAAGUAAUUCUAUGCUUGCAUUGGCGGCACUGGUGAACUACAAGAAUCGGCAGGCAUCGGUGGAAAACCACAAACAAAACACACAAAAUGAAAAUGAUGAUUCUAACAGUACUUCUUCUGCUGGUAGUUCCAACGAGAAGGGCAAUGGGGAUAAAGAGGAUACCGUUGAAAAAUGCGACACAUCUGAUCAAAUGCUCAAACGUUUCGUGUACUACACCAAAAAGUUACCACGUUUCUUACGAACUCAACCAAGUGGAAAUCUCUUUCGUGCCAAGUCGCUAGGCAUGGAGAUAAUAGAGCUAUCACAGGACGAGUAUGCCAGUUUCUUUGGUGGAGACUAUGGUGGAAGCCCGACGGCUCCUGUCAGAUUAGUCCCUCCUAUCCAGGGAGAUUCGUUGUGGGUUCCACAAGGUGGCGCGUUUGGCAUGGCGUCAGUUGGUGCUCGCGUGUUGGCCAAGGAACUUGUAGACUUUUGGACCAAGGAAGCUCCCGACCAGCCAUUGUCUGUUUGCGUACCCGGGGGCACCUGCACCAUGGCAGUCCUUUUGCACCAUGAACUUCAAAAUCUGAUUGCGCACCACCAUGAAACAACCGAUGGCGUUGAUUUGGAUAUUGAGGUGGUAGUGAUUCCAUGUGUCGGUGAUGCUGGUUACGCGAAGCGGCAAAUGAUGGCCUUGUGUGCGGAAAUUGGUGCUUCGAUUGGAGACAUUCCAACCAUUUUGCAACCAACACCAGAUUCGGGGAAGAAGCCCUCCGCCUACUUUCCCUUCGGGCAACCAAAGAAAGCAAUUUUGCAGACCUUUGAAACGAUGAAAAAAGACCACGAUGUCUUGUUGGACUUGAUUUACGGAGCUCCUGUUUGGACGAUUAUGUUGCGACACUUUGAUGUCGACCUAAGCCCCGAUUUGCGAUUUGAUCCAAAUAAGCCAUUGGCAGGUCGAGAGAUAUUGUACGUUCAUUCCGGCGGCCAAGCGGGAAUCAAUAGUCAGUUGCUACGAUACAGACACAAAGGGCUCUUGUCGAUUCACGACGUACAGCUACCUGGUAGAAACAGGCAGUAG